CGGCGGGGGGCUGCCGGGGCCCCGCCGAGUCGGCGCGGCUGCUGGCGCCGGUGGCGCUGGCGUGCGGCGCGGACGGCGCCGUCUACGUGGGGGACUACAACUUGGUGCGGCGCGUGGAGCCCGCGGGCAACGUGAGCACCGUCAUGGAGCUCAGAAGCCGGGAAGUGAGACACAGCGCGUCGCCGGCGCACAAGUACUACGUGGCCGUGUGCCCCGUGACGGGCGCCGUCAUCGUGUCGGACGGCGCCACGCGCCGACUCUACCGCGUGCCGCCGGCGCCCCCCCCGGCGGCGGGGGGUGGCGGGGGGUGGGGAACGCCGGAGGUGCUGGCCGGCACCGGGGAGCAGUGCCUGCCCAUGGACCCCGGCAGGUGCGGCGACGGUGGGGCGGGCACCGCCGCCAGCCUCACCCAGCCACGCGGCGUGGCGGUGGACGAGCGGGGCCUCGUCUACUUUGUGGACGGCAGCUCGGUGCGCCGUGUGGACCAGAACGGCGCCAUCUCCACCGUGCUCGGCUCCACCGGCCUCGCCGCCGCCUCCGCCCGCCCGCUCAGCUGCGGGGACUCCAUGGACGCCGCGCAGGUGCGCCUGGAGUGGCCCACGGACCUGGCCGUGAGCCCGCUGGACAACUCGCUGCUGGUGCUGGACACCGGCGUGGUGCUGCAGGUGUGGGACGGGCGCCGCGCCCGCGUCGUCGCCGGGCGCCCGCCGCACUGCACGGCGCCCGGCGGCGUCGAGGCGCCGCCGGCGUCGGCGCCGCUGGAGUCGCCGGUGGCGCUGGCCGUGUCGCCGGACGGCGCGCUGCACGUGGCCGAGACGGACGGGCGCCGGCUGCACCGCGUGCGGCGCGUCGCCGCUCCGCGCCAGGGGGCGGAGCCGGGGGACGGCGGCAGCGGCGCCGUCACGGUCGCCGGCGGGGUGGCGCCGUGCGACUGCGGGGCUGAUUCCGGCGCCGGUGGCGGCGGCGGCGGCGCCGGUUCAUCGUCGUCCCCGUGCGAGUGUUUUGGAGGGGACGGGGGCUCCGCUCGCGACGCUCGGCUCCACUCCCCCACGGCUCUCGCGUUCUGCCCGGACGGCUCCCUCUACAUAGCUGACUUGGGGAAUGUCAGGGUGCGUGUGGUGCGUGAGCCGGGCCCCAUGCGGGAAUCCACCUCCUCCACCUCCUCCUCCACCUCCUCCACCUCCUCCUCCACCUCCUCCACCUCGUCGUCGUCGUCCACCUCGUCGGGGAGGCUGCUGGUGCCGCUGCCGGCGGAGCAGGAGCUGCUGGUGUUCAGCGCCGCGGGUCGCCACCUGAGCACGCGGAGCCUCGUCACGGGAGCCACCCUCCUCAGCUUCUCCUACGGCGGCGGGGAGGGGGGCGACGAGGGGGGGGGAGGGGGCCGGGCCGCUGUCGUCCGUCACCUGGUGGACAGCCCCCAGCAACAGCCGUCCCCACACGUCACUCCCCCCCGUCUGUCUCCCCCGCCACCCCCCACCAGCGACGCCGACGGCAACGUGCUGCGCGUGGAGCGCGGGGGGGGCUCCUCCCCCGCGGUGGGGGCCGAGGGGGGGGGCCCCCCUCCCCCCGCCGUCUCGGGCGGCGAGGCGGUGCGGCUGGUGGCGCCGGGGGGGCUGGCGACGGAGCUGGCGGUGUCGCCGGGAGACGGAGCGCUGCUGGGACUCGUCAGCCAGGGCCGGUGGCUGGCGCGGCUCGCGUACCACCCGGCCGGCGGCACGGGUGGCGGCACGG